AUGAACACAGCAGCUUUGCCUCCCGUCUGUUACAGCCCCAGCAGUCCUGGGCAGACCCAACAGGACUCACACCACUUUUAUCCAGACUUCCACCUCUAUUUUGGGAGACGUAAAGCAUCUUCUUUGACAGUAGAGGCAAAGACUAGCAUCAGGAAGAAAGUUGUUGAAGAUCCUCUUUGAAACUUCCUGAGGAUCUCAGAGGUGGAAAUGAGAGGUUCGGAGGAUGUGGCUGCUGGAACAGUGUUACAGCGGCUGAUCCAGGAACAACUGCGCUAUGGCACCCCUACCGAGAACAUGAAUUUGCUGGCCAUUCAGCACCAAGCCACAGGGAGUGCAGGACCUCCUCACGCAGCAAGCAGCUUUUCUUCCACGGAAACCCUCAUUCAAGAAGAGCCACAAAUGGUCUACCCGUCAGCGCGCCAGGAGCCUCAGGGUCAAGAACGCCAGGUGGACAGUGCGGCGAUGGAGAGGCAGGUCCGGCCCACACAGCCUCAGCAGAACAAUGAGGAGCUGCCCACGUACGAGGAGGCCAAAGCCCAGUCCCAGUUUUUCAGAGGGCAGCAGCAGACACAGCAGCAGCAAACACAGCAGCAGCAGCAGCAGACACCCGUGGGCCACGGCUACUACAUGGCGGGGGGCACCAGCCAGAAGUCGCGCACAGAGGGAAGGCCCACAGUGAACCGCGCCCACGGCGGACACGCACAUAAGGACGACGCCUUGAAGGAGCUGAAGCAGGGCCAUGUCCGCUCGCUCAGCGAGAGGAUCAUGCAGCUCUCACUGGAGAGGAAUGGUGCCAAGCAGCACCUCCCUGGAUCGGGGAAUGGAAAGGGGUUCAAAGCCGGAGGGGGACCGAACCCAGCCCCGCCUGCUAGUAAAGCCCUGGACCCGCGCGGCCCUCCACCCGAUUACCCCUUCAAGACCAAGCCCAUGGUGUCUCCCGUCAACAAGAACCAGGAUCACGGACUUUUCUACAACGACCAGCACCCUGGGGUGCUCCAUGAGAUGGUGACACCGUACCCUGCCCCUCAGCCUGUGAGAACAGAAGUGGCCGUCCUGAGGUACCAGCCGCCUCCGGAGUACGGUGUCACCAGCCGCCCGUGCCAGCUUCCCUUCCCUUCAACAGUGCAGCAGCACAGCCCCAUGUCCUCCCAGACCUCCGUCAGCGGGAUCUCAGAGGUGGAAAUGAGAGGUUCGGAGGAUGUGGCUGCUGGAACAGUGUUACAGCGGCUGAUCCAGGAACAACUGCGCUAUGGCACCCCUACCGAGAACAUGAAUUUGCUGGCCAUUCAGCACCAAGCCACAGGGAGUGCAGGACCUCCUCACGCAGCAAGCAGCUUUUCUUCCACGGAAACCCUCAUUCAAGAAGAGCCACAAAUGGUCUACCCGUCAGCGCGCCAGGAGCCUCAGGGUCAAGAACGCCAGGUGGACAGUGCGGCGAUGGAGAGGCAGGUCCGGCCCACACAGCCUCAGCAGAACAAUGAGGAGCUGCCCACGUACGAGGAGGCCAAACAGCAGCAGCAGCAGACACCCGUGGGCCACGGCUACUACAUGGCGGGGGGCACCAGCCAGAAGUCGCGCACAGAGGGAAGGCCCACAGUGAACCGCGCCCACGGCGGACACGCACAUAAGGACGACGCCUUGAAGGAGCUGAAGCAGGGCCAUGUCCGCUCGCUCAGCGAGAGGAUCAUGCAGCUCUCACUGGAGAGGAAUGGUGCCAAGCAGCACCUCCCUGGAUCGGGGAAUGGAAAGGGGUUCAAAGCCGGAGGGGGACCGAACCCAGCCCCGCCUGCUAGUAAAGCCCUGGACCCGCGCGGCCCUCCACCCGAUUACCCCUUCAAGACCAAGCCCAUGGUGUCUCCCGUCAACAAGAACCAGGAUCACGGACUUUUCUACAACGACCAGCACCCUGGGGUGCUCCAUGAGAUGGUGACACCGUACCCUGCCCCUCAGCCUGUGAGAACAGAAGUGGCCGUCCUGAGGUACCAGCCGCCUCCGGAGUACGGUGUCACCAGGGCAAGGGAUUUGCAGUGUACUAUGUUAAUUGGGGAGAACUUGUCCUCUGACAGCCAAAAAGAUAAUGCUAAAUGGGAGGUCUUUCUCCUGCAGAUGGUGGAGAUCCUAACCGAGGAAAAUCGCGUGCUUCACCAGGAGCUUCAGGGUUACUAUGACAAUGCCGACACGCUGCACAAGUUUGAAAAAGAACUUCAGAGAAUUUCGGAAGCCUAUGAGAGUCUGGUCAAGUCUACCACUAAGCGAGAGUCGCUGGACAAGGCAAUGAGAAACAAGCUGGAAGGGGAAAUCAGAAGACUGCACGACUUCAACAGAGACCUUAGAGAUCGACUGGAGACGGCCAACAGGCAGCUGUCUAGCAGGGAAUACGAGGAGCAUGAAGACAUGGUUGCAGAGGGGCAUUUUGCUUCUCAGAACAAAGAGUUCCUGAAGGAAAAGGAGAGGUUAGAAAUGGAGCUGGCGGUGGUACGGACUGCAAGCGAGGACCAUCGGAGACACAUUGAGAUCCUGGACCAGGCCUUGAGCAAUGCCCAGGCCAGAGUCAUCAAGCUGGAAGAGGAGCUGCAGUCGGCAUGUGAGAAGCGAGAGCAGAUGGAGCGUAGGCUGCGGACCUGGCUGGAGAGGGAGCUGGAUGCCCUGAGAACCCAGCAGAAACAUGGAACUAGCCAGCCCGCCAGCGUUCCAGAAUGCAGUGCCCCUGCCCUCGUGGAACUUGUGCGGGAGAAGGAGGAGCGGAUCUUGAACGCCACUGGCAGCGCGGUUCUGCCCUCAGGGUUGCUGCUUGGGAAGGAGCACCAGGAGCACGCCCCUGCCGCCCUGCUGCCCACCUCUCCAGCCCCCGCCUCGGCCGGCAGCAGCGCCCACGCCAAGACAGGCAGCAAGGACAGCAGCACCCAGACCGACAGGGGUGCCCAACCGCUGUGGCCCAGCAUGGCCUCCCUCCCCGGCCGUGGCAGACUGAGCACAACCCCUUCCCACAGCCCUCUCCUGAAACACCUAGCCGCCAAGGGGUCUGCAGAAAAGCCAGAGAACUCUUCUGGUCAUGGAAGAGGCCGGAUCAGCAGUUUGCUGCAUAAGAUGGAGUUUCCCGAUGGAGAGAUGAUGGAAGUUCUCAUCUAACGGCCACCCACUUUGUACCUGAAAUCUGACAAACAAGAGAGAAAAGAAAGAUCAAGAUGGUGGCAGAUCGGAAACCAGGAAAGGCAUUGUCAAAGAUUCCCGAUUAUAAGAAUACUCUUUAUAAUGUUACAGAGAACAGGAAGCCUGCAUGACUGCGGAGAGAAGAGAAUGCUGUGGAUUCUGUUACAUACAGUGGAAGAGGAGAUGUGUGUGGGUUUGGAGACAAAGUUCAGAAGAAAUAGGAAAUGGAGUUUAACGUUGUAGGUGGGAUGCUCUGGCUUUAAGCUGAUAAACCCGAACCUGGAUGUUCCUUGGAAUACCA